AUGACGUUCUUAAACGAUGAUGUAAUACCAGAACCAACAAGAGGGAAUUUAGACAGUGAUAAUGACGAUGAAGGUGAUAACAAUAACGUAUCUGAAGACAUGGAUCGCAUGACUGAAAUAUCACAGGAUAGCGCCACUACAACGUCGUCUUCAUCCAGGCGUAAAAAUAAAUCAGCGACUGAAGUGAGAGACGAGUUUCUUGAAUUGGAAAAUAAAAAAAUUAAAUUGUUGGAAACGAAAUAUGCUGAUAAAAAAACUACUGACGACUUAGAAAAAGAUGAAGAUUACCACUUUUUUAUGAGUCUUAUUCCUCAAAUGAAAAGCUUCACUAAUAUUUAA